GGAGAGUGGGAUUAUAAGUGUUGAAUAUAAAGGAAUACGUGUCAUUUAUAAUCACGUGUCAAGCUAGAAAGGUCUUACAUUCCGAAUACAUAACACGUUAUAUUGUCUUGUUUGGCGGUGUUUAUAACAAUAUUUUAUAUUCUGUGAGGAAACGUAAUAACAUUUAUCAAAGUAUUUUUGAAAGUUAUUGUUCAUUCAUAUAUUUGUAUAUAAAAUAUUUGUAGAUGUGAAAUGUGCCUUUCAAAGAACAUUUAUUGUAUUUAUGUAUUGUUUAUGUGCUAUUAAUGCGGUCAGCCUUGUCAGCUUUAUUAUAACACAAUUUAACAAAAUUCUCAUUUUUUAUAUAUUCAUAAUUUGUGCGUUAAGUCUAAAAAUGUCAUGUUUGAAAAGAAAUUUUUAUUUAAAAGCGUCAAUUAGUCGUAAAAAUCCAAACACUGUUGGAAUUCGUCAACGUCAAAAAAUUCGUAAAGAGAUAAAAAGAAAUUAUAUAAAGUUUACACAAUUAAAAAUGCCUGAACAAAAUAAAAAUGAUAUAAAAGUUUCAAUGGAAAAAGAGCAGCUUUGGAGUGAGAGUAAUCAUCAAGAGAAAAUAUCUAACACAUUAUGUUUUUCGUCUGUAAACGGAUCCUUUCAUCCAAAAGAAAUAUGUAUUCCGAUAUCGUCAUCACAUAUUAGUAAUACUCUAAAAAAUGAUAAUAUUCAUAUUAAUACAACCUCCUCCGAUAUUUUCGAAGAUAGUAACGUCAGUUUUACAAAUAACAAUAUUAGAAUUGACAACGAUGUAGAAUGUAUUAAACAGAAAUUGGCAAAAUGUUUUAUACAAUGUGAUUUAAAUCAUUGUCAAAUAGAAUCUAUAUUAUCUAUAUUAAGAAGUCAUAAAUGUUUAAUAAAUCUUCCAAAAACUGCGCGAACUUUGUUACAAACUGAAACAAAGCCUGUAACUCUUACAACAAUCGGUUCAGGUGUAUAUUUGCACAUAGGAUUUGAAAAAGCAGUUAAUAAUAUUUUACAAAAUAUUCCCUCAGAAUUAAUACCAAAUAAACUAUUUAUUGAUAUUAGUACAGAUGGUGCUUCAGAAGAUAAGAGUAGUAGAAUUCAAAUAUGGCCAUUACAAUGCAGAAUAGUUAAUAUUUGUCGAGAAAGACCUGAAACAAUAGGUAUAUAUCGUGGUAAGAAAAAACCAGACAAUGCCAUGGAAUUUUUUUCACAGUUUUUAAUUGAAUGCGAACAACUUAGGUCAAAAGGUGGAAUUUCUUUUAACAAUAAAAUUAUUCCAUGGGAAUUUCGAGCGUUCAUAGCAGAUGCUCCUGCACGAGCAUUAAUAUUAAAUCAUUACGGGCACAUGUCAUAUAAUCCGUGUUCAAAAUGUAAGAUCACUGGUGUUCUGUCUAAUAAAGGUCAUGUCAUUUUUCCAAACAUUGAUAAUGAGAAUCGUUCUGAUAAGGAAUAUCGGGAACGAAACGAUGAAGAUCAUCAUAAAGAUGGUGAUACACCUAUAGCUUCUCUUUUUCAAGAUAUUGUAGCACAAACUCCUUUUGAGUACAUGCAUUUGGUACUGUUAGGUAUAGUAAAGAAAACAUUAAGUGCUUUUGUCACUG